AUGGAAUAUGAGCGCAGAGCAGCGGUAGUAGCUUCUUUUCGCGUCGGAAAGAAGCCUGCGGAAGUGAUCACCUGGACUGACGAGUUCGUCGCCGCCGUCAAGGAGACAGUUGGCAAUGAUGGAAGCCAGACCUACGCCAAGAUCGCCGCUGACAUGACGACCUGCCGAACGAUCAUUGGUUACUCCUCCUACCGCAAAUCUCACCGUAUGCUCAUCACAAAUGCCUCAAAUGUGUCGAAGAAGGUCAAGGCGGCGGCUUUGCUGAACGAGCUCAAGCACGGGUCCACCGGGAUGCUGAGUCAUUUUCAUAUCUAUCUAUCUAUCUAUCUAUCUCAGUCUUUUUCAUAUCUUUCUUUUUCAUAUCUAUCUAUCUAUCUAUCUAUCUAUCUAUCUAUCUAUCUAUCUAUCUAUCUAUCUAUCUAUCUGACCUGGACCAUAACACUAUCUAUCUACAUAUCUCAUCUAUCUCAAUCCUUUUCAUAUCUUUCAAUCUCAUAUCUAUCUAUCUAUCUAUCUAUCUAUCUAUCUAUCUAUCUAUCUAUCUAUCUAUCUGACUCAAUUCUUUUCAUAUCUAUCUAUCUCAGUCCUUUUCAUAUCUAUCUAUCUAUCUAUCUAUCUAUCUAUCUAUCUAUCUAUCUAUCUAUCUCAACUAUCUCAGUUCUUUUCACAUCUAUCUAUCUAUCUAUCUAUCUAUCUAUCUCAUCUAUCUCAGUCCUUUUCACAUCUAUCUAUUUAUCUAUCUAUCUAUCUAUCUAUCUCAGUCAUUUUCAUAUCUAUCUAUCUAUCUAUCUAUCAAUCAGUAGAUAG